UACUAGAACAGAAAGUGGCGGGCUUUUCCGUCCCAGGGAAAAAGAGAAAAAGAACGCCAAGAAAUGAAAAAGAAAAGAGAAACCGCACUCAAACACUCACUUUUUUUUUAUUUUAUUUUUUUAUCCUUCUUUUCUUCUCUUUUCCCCUCAACCUCUCUGUCCACCCCUUGACUAUAUACCACAAACCCCCCCCCCCAAUGCCUCUCGGAUACAGCCCCAUGGACAAGGACGAAUUCGCAUACCCGACCAACCUGGGUAUCGAAACUGCAGAGACAUCUAAAAACCUGGAUAUCCCCAACAUCUCAGGGAAGGACAUCUACAGCGACCACAACAACGGCGGCCUACCCAACGCAGAAGACAGAGGCCAUUUCAGGCGCAACAAUUUCAGCUCGGGCUCGGAUCUGGUCCAAGUCUCGGUCGAGGACCUCUUGAUCUCAGAGGAGCAGAACCGGACCAUCAAGGCGAGCAAAAGCCGGGGACGACAGCAUAUGCCGAAAGGGGCAGGAGGAAGUCAGCAGCAACAGCAGCAGCAACAGCAGCUAGAGCCGUUGGUGCGGCCGACAUCAACAUCUUUAUCGAAUUCUUCCAAUACCAACCCUAUUACUACGACCAUUAUUACGGCCACCAUCCGUACGACGGGCGGGAAGACGAGGUCCAUUCACUUUGAUGACGAGCAGGACGUAGAGACCAAGUCACCGAACCCAACGCAGCGGACGGACAUGGAACAGAACCAGGAUGCACAAAAGCUGAUGGCGGCGCCACAGCCGCAGCAGCAGCAGCAGAGGGCCCAGCAGACUCGACGGAUUUCACACCCCCCGGAACCCAAGAUCCUGACGCCUGCACAGCAACGUGAGGCCGAGGUCGAUGGGUAUAUCCAAAAGGCGAUUGAACUACACGAGAACAACCAGCUGGAGGAGGCCACAAAGUAUUUCGGAUUGGCGGCACGGUAUGAGAAUCCACUGGGACAGUUGAUGUUUGGGCUCUCGCUGAGGCAUGGAUGGGGCUGUAAACCGGACCCGAAGGAGGCGAUUAUAUACCUUCAGCGGGCAGCAGAGUAUGCAAUGGGAGAAUUGAACGAGCUCAAUCCAGCAUCAGCAUCAUCAUCAUCAUCACCACUACCACCGCCACCACCAUCUGCUCCUGCUACUGCCACCACAGGCCUGACUGAAAAGAGGCCUCCUACACCGGAUGGAGCACCACAACCACACCUGCAGGACCAGUUCUCACCAAAGUCAACAUCAUCGUCAUCACUCACCGAAAAGCAAGGGCAGCACGAAUACAAUACAGAAAUAUCGACAACAACCACUGCGGGGGCGUCGCAUCAGAACCUACGUCGGAUGGGUAGCAUGGAUCGAAUGGAAGCCAUGGCGACGGCCCGGAAGGAGCUGGUCAUGGCCCUGUACGAACUGGGCAUGUCCUACCUUAAGGGAUGGGGCGUCUCCAAGGACAAGGCCGUUGCCUUUACAUACUUCAAGAUUGCGGCCGAUCUGGGUGAUGCGGAUGCACAGAACGAAACAGCACUAUGCUACUACGAAGGUAUCGGCGUCGACAAGGACAUGUACGAAUCCGCCCGCUAUUACCGUAUGGCCUCUGCUCAAGGAGCUUCACAACUCGGCAAUUCCUGGAUCUGGAAACCCAAAUACGACCAAUAUUGCGCUGCCGAGAACGCCGGCAUCGCCGUCGGCACCAGUAGCCCCGCCCCCAAAAAGGAUCGAUCCAAGAAAUUGGCCGCCGCGAUCUCGACCGCCAUCCACGGGGGUUCGAGAUCCAGUAUCAGCUCUUCGACAAUCUCACCCCCGACCUCGCCUUCGAUCCCGUCACCGCAUUAUAGCAUCUCUAGCAUCGCCUCGGGCUUGGCGUCUGUGACGGCCGCGACCGUGGGAACUGGAGCGGUCGUGCCCCAGAAACACAGUAGCACCAUCCGUCAAUCACUUAUCUCCCCGCCAGUGUCGCCCCCGUUCGGUGCAGUCGCUACUUCUCAACCGCAGCAGCAGCGACACUCGCUAUCAGCCUCGGUCGUGUCCUUGUCUCCAACAACACCGACCUCGCCAGCAUCGUUCACAUCCUCUGUCGCAUCGGUACCCAUGUCCCCAUCGACCUCAAUCACAGCAGCAGCAGCCUCGUCUCCUUUGUCUUCCCCCUUGUCUCCAACUCCGGGUUCUGUAGAACCGGUCGAGAAGAAGAAAAGUCGAUGGAGUAUAUGGGGCACUCAGCGAUCCACCUCAACAGUUGUUACCUCCCACUAGAUACUGCAGUGUAUGUACAUAAAUAAAAAACCAAUCAUUCCUUUUUUUUUUUUCUUUUUUUUUUUCAAGACAAAUGUCCCAUUAAUUGUCAUGCUAGUACCCAGGAAUAGAGAGAUCACUCUUGCAAGUCCUGGAAAUACCCUUUCGAUCCCCUAACUUGUUGCUCAAAAACCAACCUGCCUGAGGAGAUCUCAAAGAACCCCCC